UGGAUAAUUAACCUACUACUGCAUUUAUUUAGCGUUUAAUAAAAAUAAUUGUUGUUAAUAUACUAACUGUUCGUAUUCUCUAUUUUUAAUAAGUAUUUUAUGAUAAAAAAUAAAUAAAAAUAUUAAAGCUCACAUUAGAUGUUUCUAAAUCGUGCAUAAAGGUAAGAAGACGACACUUUCCACGUUUGUUGCGAUAUUUCCUCGCAUACUCGGUCCACACAAAAGCACUAAUCGUCCAUAACCUCCCAGAUAAUCAAGACAAAACACACGGAAUGUGCCCUGGGCGGUGUGCAGAUUGCAAUAGCAGUCGCUCGCACGAUAGCAGAGCUCUGUAGCAGAGGGGUUGAGUUUGACUACUGGACACUCCUACAGCCGAACACAAUUUGCAGCAGUCGGACACGGUUAAAUCCUAAAUUUACAACUGGAACAGCCUACAGAUUUAAUAAACUAUGCAGAUUGUUUGGCCCUUCCUUGCUGCUGCUUUUUGUGCAGUGUCAGUCUCUGCAGUCUCUACCUAUCGCAAAGCUAUAGACCAUGGCAAUCAGCUGAUUCUGGAGCUUCCAGAAAGGACAGAUAAACUGGAGUUUGCUUCUGCUGAUGAAACUGAACAUUAUAUCAUCUGGGAAAACAGAUUGACAGCUUGGUACAGUAGAACCAAAAAAGGACACGUGACCUCUACCAAUAAUGGCUGGACAUUCAAAAUCCAACAGGCUACGUUUGACGAUGAGGGGACCUAUCUCGUGCGCAACAUCUUUGGCUCAGCCAUCUCCAGUUAUACAGUGAAGGUCCAGACCAACACUGAUACCAUUCCGCGUAUCGCUGGAGAAACUCUGAAAAUACCACUGAGAGGACUCAAAAUGUCUAAUGUCACGCUUCGCUUUUACGAUAAUGAUUCAGCCAUCACCCUGGUAGAGAAUGGAGUUCCUGUAGGCAAAAACUACCGGGACUACUAUAACCGACUUAAAGUGUACUUGAAUUCAAUUGAGGUUGUCAAUGUCAACACAUCAGACUUGGGUAGAUACGAGCUCACCGAUAAGAAAGGCAGACUGAUCUCAAGCAAUACAAUGAUACUAGUUGAUCAUCAUCCGUUUACUCCUAAUUUGGGUCUAUUAGCCAUUCUGCUGGUUGGCGUUCCUGGUGGAAUCUGCUAUUGCUGCCGAAGAAGAUUGUGCAAAUGUUGCCGGACCUCCAAAUCAAACACUCACAGCGCCACCUCCCCUAAUUCUGAACCAGUGUCUAUACCUUGCAAUGUGAUUGAUCCAAGCAUUAAUCCUGGAGGUAUGCCUCAAAGCCCUCUCUAUCCUGCUGUACCUCAACCCGGAGUUUCCCCAGGUCAUCCUUCCAAUUGGAAUCAACCUGCUCCACCCUACCACCCAUAUACUCAUGAGGGUUAUAAUCCUGUGAAUGUGCCUCAAAACCCUGUCUAUCCACCUCAAUCUGCACCCACUCAUCCUCCCCAGUGGAAUGACCCUGCCUCCCAGAACAACCCAUUUCCAAAUCAGGGCUUUAAUCCUGGGAAUGUGCCUCAAAACCCGCUCUAUCCACCUCAGUCUGGACCCACAUAUACUGAACCUGCCUCCCAAUACAACCCGUCUCCUGCUAUGAACUAUUCUUCUCCUGGGCCUGAAACCACAGGGAUGACUACGAAUGAUCCACCUCAAACUGCGCCCCUGCUUGCACCCCAGCCUGAGGGUUACAGGUCUGCUCUGGACAGCCUUUCAAUGAAUAUGCUCAGCACUAGCGACUCUGGGGUCCAGUUUGACAUCAACAAAGGAAAGUCUACAAGCAACAACUUCCUGUAGUUUCUCCAAAAUGCUGGAUUAUCCUCGUAAGGGAAGCAGAAAACAAAACAUAACCUUUUAACGUCACUCUCUUUUGGCUCAUUUUAAUAGUAGGAAAGCAGAAGUUAAAUAAUACCAAAGAUGGAAAGAUCAUCUUUACAACCUCCUACCUCCAUAUUUGCAGGUGAAACAUCUUUAUAUUAUAAUCACAUACCACAAGAAGUUGUGAAUGGGCUUCCAGUGACACUCAUAGCUGAUAGCUGUGUUUGUGUGUUUGUGUGUAUAGUGGACAACAAAGCAAUAUCCAUAGACAGAGAAGCUCACUUUCAACAGGGACAUUCACAAACUCCAAUAAUAAAAUUAAAGCUCGUCUGUAGAAAAUAAUAGAAGACAUCUUGGGAAUUGUGUUUUUGUCCAUACAAUGGAGAUCGCAGUACUGUCUGGUUAACAAUAUCCUUUAAAAUUAGUUCUUCUGCUAUUAACAGACUAACAAAAUGCAUGCACGUUUGAUUAAAAUAUGAUAACUGUCACACCUAUUAUUUUAGGACUUAACUAUCCCUUUAAAGUAACACUGAGCUGCUAUUUUUUUAAUUUCCCCAUGGGUCAGUCCUAACCCUUUAUCAGAGGGACCUAUUAAGGGGUUAACGGGACUUUGUGUAGAACUAUGUAUAAUAAAACAUAUAUAAAAAAGGCUUAAUAGUAUUAAAACUUUAAUUUAGGAUGUUGUUGUGCAGGUAGUUUUUUAGUUCUUUUAACAGCGCUGUAUAUUAUUAAAUAACCUCUCGUCUCUUGAGAGGCAAGGAAAAUAAGUACUUAUCGUUGUGUUUGCUGUUAAAGUAGUGUCUGAAACAAAUUGUUAUAUAUUAUAAAGAAAGGCAGUUCCACAUUUAAAAUAUAUAUUUGCAAACACAGGUAACUCCUUGUUUAUUAAUGUUUAUUAGUUGGUAGACAUUGCAUAUACACCCUUCCUGUAUACAAACGCACUUACAUGUAUCUUCAGCCAUUAAAUUAACACACAGGAUAGACAUUCACUCACUGGCCACUUUAUUAGGUACACCUGUCCAACUGCUUGUUGACGCAAAUUUCUAAUCAGCCAAUCACAUGGCAGCAACUCAGUGCAUUUAGGCAUGUAGACAUGGUCAAGACGAUCUGCUGCUGUUUAAACAUGAUCAUGUCCAUCCCUUUAUGACCACAGUGUACCCAUCUUCUGAUGGCUACUUCCAGCAGGAUAAUGCGCCAAUUUAUGAAGUGUGAAUCAUCUCAGACUGGUUUCUUGGACAUGACAAUGAGUUCACUGUACUCAAAUGGCCUCCACAGUCACCAGAUCUCAAUCCAAUAGAGCACUUUUGGGAUGUGGUUGAACGGGAGAUUCGCAUCAUGGAUGUGUAGCCGACAAAUCUGCAGCAACUGCUUGAUGCUAUCAUGUCAAUAUGGACCAAAAUAUCUGAGGAAUAUUUCCUGUGCCUUGUUGAAUCUAUGCCAUGUAGGAUUAAGGCAGUUCUGAAGGCAAAAUGGGGUCCAACCUGGUACUAGUAAGGUGUACCUAAUAAAGUGGCCGGUGAGUGUGAUUGUUAAUGCAUGGAAGUAAAUAAAAUGUAGGCUUUCAGGGAAUUUUCCUAACUACCACAGAUAGCAUACCAGUAGCUGCAUUAGGGCAUUUUAUUACAUUUUGCUUGAAAACAUUUAAAAUGGUGCAAACAGCUACAAUGUCAAUGUGUAUAAGUAGUAUAGUGACAUUUUUAACUUGUAACAGACAACAUCAAUGCCUUACUUUAAACUAAGCUGCAUAUCACAGUAAUAUAAAAGGUCUACUACUGUUCUCAAUGAAAGAAAUGCUUUUAGUUUCAGCCUACUGUACAGUGCAGUGCUGUAUUGCCUAAUGUUUUAUUGUGGUCAUCAUGUUCUCUGUAUUUUUGAUUCGUCUUUUGUUUUUUAAUAGUGCCAACUUGUGUUGUAAUACUCCUCGUUCCAUGCUGCACUAUACGAACAAACUGAAUGUAAUUUGGUUUAACAACUUGAACUGUAAUAAGAUGACAAUCAGCAUGACUGUCAUUAUAACUCGAACACCUCAAGCGUUUUGUAAACCGACUGUGCAAAUGUGUGCAAAUGCUGCAGAUUCAGUAGUCAUGAUACAAAAAAAUAAAUAAAAAUAAAACGGUGGAGAAGCU